AUGCUGCAUUCUCAGGAUCAAUGGACGUCUUUUCCCUACAACGGUCAGGCGGCAGCAGACGUGGAUCACAUGGAUCAGUACCUUGGCUCGAUGCCCAUGGGAGCCCAAGACAUGGGGUUGGACUUUGCUUCAUCGUCGAUAUCCAACGAUACGUUGGUUGGACAAGGGUUCUACACUGGCAACGAGUACUACCAGCAUUCGUCGCACUCGUCGCACUCGCACCACGAAAGUAGCAGCAACGGGCAUAGCUCACCAUGGGACGCCACGACAGUGUGGUCUGAUGGACCAUCAAGUGUACCUGAUCCCGUGAUGCUCGAUGAACUGGCCAUGGAUUCAACGUGGACGCAGAAUAUGUUCGAUCCGUCAAUCUGCAUGGAUGCGUAUGGGGAGCACAACAUGACAUAUUACAACCAAGGUGUGCAGCCAGCGCAGCAGUAUGGGCGUUCGGGCAAGUCUCAUGGCAGGCCGACUUCGAUAUCGUAUUGA